CGGGGUUGUUUUCCGGGUCAAUAAUUGGGCGGGAUUUUCAGUCAGAGUAGGCUAGCUGCGCCUGAGGAUGAAUGCGGAGAAAAUGGAGGUCAGUCAGAAUUCCCAUCAGCCUCCCUGUGAGGACAAAACCGAAGUUCACAUCGAAGUUCAGGUCAAAUCUCAGAGCACGGCUCGACGGACUGAAGUAAGGACGCAUGUUAUGGCACUGCUCGAGCGACACAGCCUCGUCAUGGGCUCCUUCAAGUGGACUGAUUUUGACGACGACUUUCUGACUCAAAAUGUUCAGUCUGUCGCCAUAGUGGAUGUCGAAGAACAGGCACCUCUCGAUUUGAAGAUGAGCCAACUGUGCAUUCACAUCUUCUCUCUCAACGAUGACGGACCUAGCACCCUCAACCUUGAUGAAGAGGAGGCGCUAUCUGCAGCCAAUCACUGGCUCCUGCCAGCUGCUGAGUUCCAUGGGAUCUGGGAGAGCCUGGUUUAUGAGGAAGGAAUCAAAACACAACUCUUGGAUUAUGUUUUGACAGCAAAUCUCUUCUCUGACAAAAACAUUGACAGCAAUCUGGUUGCCUGGAAUCGUGUUGUGUUGCUUCACGGACCUCCGGGCACGGGGAAGACGUCUCUGUGCAAAGCGCUGGCACAGAAACUCUCCAUCAGACUCUCAGAAAGAUAUUCAUACGGGCAAUUCGUAGAAAUCAACAGCCACAGUUUAUUCUCGAAAUGGUUUUCAGAGAGCGGAAAACUUGUCACAAAGAUGUUUCAGAAGAUCCAAGAGCUAAUAGAUGAGAAAGAAGCCCUUGUUUUUGUCCUUAUUGAUGAGGUGGAGAGUCUAACAGCAGCAAGAAACGCUUCUCAGGCUGGGACCGAACCUUCAGAUGCAAUCCGAGUGGUCAACUCUGUUCUUACACAGCUGGACCAGAUUAAACGACAUCCGAACGUAGUGAUCCUCACCACCUCAAACGUAACGGAGAAGAUAGACCUGGCGUUUGUGGACAGAGCAGAUAUAAAGCAGUAUAUUGGCCUGCCAAGUGCCCAAGCCAUCUUUAACAUUUACUUGUCGUGUUUGGAGGAGCUCAUGAAGCGGCAAAUCAUUUACCCACGGCAGCAGCUGCUGAACCUUGAAGAGCUUCAUACAUUGGAUUAUAUUGAGAGCGAAGUGACCGAGCUCAGUCUGCAUCUGCAGAGAAUUGCAGAGAAGAGCGUGGGCCUAAGUGGGCGCACUUUACGGAAAAUUCCCUUUUUGGCUCAUGCGCUUUACGCAAAGACUACUGUGAUGACAGUCGAGCGAUUUCUUUGCGCCAUGGAUAAAGCUGUGGCUCAUCAGAUGAGGGAACGGGAGAAGCUGGUUAACAGUGUAUGAGCGAAAGCUGAGGGCUGAAGGUUACCAUCGAAUCAGUUCACUGUUCUGUCUGUCACUGGUGGUAGCUGUUAAUAACUCCACGUUAAUGAAUCACCGUUGAUUAAUUUA